GAUAGAGCGCGAGAGGGAAGGCAUACGUGCGAAAUAACAACUGUGACGAAGUACUAUUAGAAAACCAUGAAAAUGUCCCCGACCUUGAAGCAGCACAGUAUUGGGAUCAGGCAUUUUGAAAUGCUGUUGUUAUUUGUGGUGGUUUUUAUCGGAGCCGGAUAUACACUAUGCCUAAAAGGAGGAGUAGUACAUCUCUCACUGGAAGGUGAGAUAAAGGAUGGGAUAUCUUUUGCGAUAACACUUACGACAUCCUUGACGAUAUUUUACUGGACCAGCAUGAUAGCACAACUGUUGAUCGGCUUCGUCGUCCAUGCCAACGAAGGAAGCAUGCUUGACUGGGUCAUAAGACUUGGCUUCGCCCUCACCAUAUUGAUGAUAUUUCUCGGCAAAUACAUAGGUGUAUACAUAAUUUCUGUAAUCAUGGCUAUCAUUGAGAUUACUAUAGUGACUUGUGUUCAUGGUCUACUUGCCGUAUGGAUACCACCCUCCGAACGGGCACUAUCAGGAGCAAUCGUUUAUGGAGGUGCAUCGUUCAGCAAGCUGACCAUUACGUUGGCCAUAAUGGAUAUUGCAAAAACAAGAAAUCCAAACUUACUCAUAGUCUUUUAUGCGUUACUCAUAGUAACAGCCAUCUGGGGCAUUGUAUAUUUUUUUCUCGGGGCGAAAGUACCUUCCAGACAUCGUUUCAUUUCCCAGAAGGAAAGGGAAUACAUAGAAGAGAGUCUAAGGGCAGAAAGCAGUGAUACAUUGAAUCAAAUGCCGAUGUCGUUAAAAAAUAUUGUCACCUCACCAUCCGUCUGGGUCCUCAUCAUAGCUCAUUGCUGCCAAACUUGGCUUGAGAUCAUUCUCUCGAUGAUUCCCAUUAUACAGAUUUUUAGUGGAAUUGUGAAUAUUGCGACUUGGGAGACAUACUUGACGAUGUGGCUGGUUGGUUUAUUCAUAGGCUGCGUAUCAGACAUUGCAGUGAGGAAUGGCACAUCUAUGGCCACAGCCAGGAAAAUCUGCAACACAAUAGGCUUUUUGGGACCGGCUAUUGCUCUGCUAUGUCUAAACAACGUCGAUGUUGAGAAUUGGAACAUCAUCGCCAUCGUAGCGAUGGGCUUAAAUGCUGGAGCCAUCUGCGGCUUCCGGAUCAAUCAUAUUGAUCUCAGUCCGAAAUACGCCAGUCUUCUGGUAUCCAUCAGCAAUUUCUUCGCCUGCAUUCUUAGCCUUAUUGUAUUUUACGUAAUGUUAAAUCUCUUCGUUGACAAGUGGUACAGCAUAGUCUACGCUACAGUCGCAAUCUUAGGGGUGUCUAACGUGAUAUUCGUAGUCUUCGGCAAAGCCAGGGUACAAUAUUACUAACAAUUACGGCCCACUCGGAACAAGACCACCAAAACUGUGCCCCAAAUCACUUUGCGGUCAUGAAGUACAAGCUAUCGUUAGUUUUUGUUAAUUUUAUAAAAUUGUAAUUUUAAGCGAACGCAUGAGUAACGCAUGAGUAAGAACUGUGAUCGAUUACGAAGGUCUUAUAUUGUCACCGUCAAUAAACAAUUGCACAUGAUGUCGCCCUACCUCGAAA